GGAGAAGCUUCUAGAUUCUUCUUAUGUAAAAAGCUAUAAAUAUACUAACGGUUUUCCUAUUUCGCUUCUUGCUUCUUGCUUCACCUAACCUUGUUAUUUGGAAUAUAAUCUUCCUGCUCAAUCGUGUUCUGAUUUGGGGCCUUGUCGAGUGAAUCUGUGACCGUGAAUACUAAGCGAUAGGAAUAGCUGGGUUAUAACCGUAAGAGCGAAAAUAUAACAGUGGCGACGAGGAAAAAGGAAAAUAAAUUCAAUAUGUCCAUAUCAGACGACCAGCUUAACCGAAUACUACAACAACAGCAACAACAAUUAGAUGCACAAAUGCGGUUGUUAGAGACUCUGACUCAACAGCUUAGCUUCCACUGCUCGAGUUCACAUGCCAUUUCAAGUACGUCUUGUGAUGCAGUUGCUAGCAGCAUACCAGAAUUCAUCUAUGAUCCCGAAAGCGGAAAUACUUUUCUCACGUGGUUCAAACGUUGGGAAGAUACAUUUAGAAUAGAAUUCUGUAACCAAGACGACGCGUGGAAGACUCGACUGUUGGUACGUAAGUUAGGAAUUAAUGAACAUGCACGCUAUGCUGACCAUAUAUUGCCUAAGUUACCUCGAGAGCUCAGUUUCGAGGAGACGAUAAUUCAAUUGUCAGAGAUAUUCGGUGAAUCCUCCUCAUUGUUUAGUAUUCGACAUCAGUGUCUAAAUUUGGUGAAACGCGAAGCCGAUGAAUAUGGUGUUUUAGCAGACAUCGUCAACAGAGAAUGUGAACGGUUCAAGUUACGCUCGUUGACAGAAGACCAAUUUAAAUGCCUAAUAUUCAUCAAAGCUCUUCAGUCACCACAAGAUGCUGAGAUCAGGACUAGACUUUUGGCUCGACUAGAUCAAGACCCAAACGUCACACUCAGAACGUUAACAGAUGAGUGUAAGCGGCUACAAAGCAUCAGACACGACAACAAGUUGAUUGAACAGGUUAAAAGUUAAGAAGCCGAUAACAACUCGUAAUAAACCAACGACUGCAUGCUGGUUAUGUGGUGAUUGGCAUUAUGUACGAUUCUGUCCAUUUAAAAAGCAUAUAUGUCAGGUGUGCAGCAAACGUGGACAUAAAGAAGGUCAUUGUCCACCGAAUCGUACGUCUCAUCCCAAAAAGAAGCAUAAACGUUCUCGACAUGUGAAAUCAGCCGAGUUUAAAUCUCUUUCUCUGGUAGCUGCCUUUCAAACAAACUAUGACAUUCGGAGAAAGUAUGUUACCAUCCAGAUAAACGGCAUAUCAGCUCGUCUUCAAAUUGACACGGCAUCAGAUAUCACCUUAGUAUCUAGAGAAACGUAUAACUUGCUGGGUAAACCGCCAAUGAAGCCAUCUAAGAAAACGGCCAAAAACGCAUCAGGUGGUGUGCUAAAACUGGUUGGUGAAUUACAGUGUGAAUUUUCCUUCAAUGGAACUAACUGUACAGGAAUAUGUUACCUAACAGAACGGCCAAACCUUGAUCUUCUUGGUCUAGAUAUGUUAGAUAAACUUGGAAUAAUGGAUGUACCGAUUAACAGUGUCUGCAACGUAUUGUGUUCAUCAUUAGACACCCCAGUACUUGCAAAGAAGACAUGUGAAAGGUUACUAGAAAAACUGAAAAGAAAGUUUGCCUCUGUUUUUCAGAAUAGCCUUGGCCACUGUACCAAGAUGAAAGCUCAUUUACCACUGAAACCAGAUGCCAAACCUAUUUUUCGUCCUAGACGUCCUGUACCAUAUGCUGCUCUUGAGUUAGUCGAUCAGGAACUUAAUCGCUUGCAACAGGCUGGUGUAAUUCAACCAGUCAACUACUCUGCAUGGGCCGCACCGAUCGUAGUGAUUAAGAAGGCGAAUGGAACUAUACGCAUAUGUGCCGAUUUCUCGACCGGUUUAAAUGCUGCAUUAGAUGUGUAUCAAUAUCCAUUACCAGUUCCUGAAGACCUGUUUGCCAAACUUAAUGGUGGGACAUGUUUCGCGAAAAUAGACUUUUCCGAUGCCUAUCUACAAGUAGAAGUAGAUGAAGACAGUAGAGAGCUUUUGACCAUUAACACUCAUCGAGGGUUAUUUCAAUACACCCGUCUACCAUUUGGCAUCAAGACUGCACCUGCCAUCUUUCAGCAAAUAAUGGAUACGAUGCUAACAGGUAUACCUGGUACAGCAGCUUAUCUAGAUGAUAUCAUAGUUAUGGGUUCAACUGACAAUGAACUUUCUGAUCGACUACAUCAAGUCCUUAACCGAGUGUUGGAAUAUGGUUUCCAACUACGUGAGGAAAAGUGUACUUUCUUUAUGCAUUCCAUCAAAUACCUUGGUUUUAUCUUAGAUAAGAACGGUCGCCGACCAGACCCUGCCAACAUCGAAGCCAUUCAGAAGAUGCCUGCACCAACUGAUGUCUCUUCAUUAAGAUCCUUCUUGGGGUUAAUCAGUCACUAUAGCACAUUCUUGCCUGAAAUGCAUCGAGUGAGAGGUCCGCUGAAUGAAUUACUAUCAAAAGAUAAACCUUGGCAGUGGUCAGCAGAAUGUCAAGCAUCUUUCGACAGAGUCAAAUCAAUGCUCAGCUCAAAGAUUCUUUUGACACACUUCGAUCCCAGCUUGGAAAUUGUUGUUGCAUCUGAUGCAUCUAGUCAUGGAGUUGGAGCAGUAAUAUCUCACGUGUUUCCGGACAAAUCAGAAAAGACAAUUGCCCAUGCUGCUAGAUCACUUACCCCAGCCGAGCGGAACUACAGUCAAAUUGAAAAGGAAGCUCUUGCGAUCAUUUUCGCUGUCAAAAGAUUUCAUAAAAUGCUCUAUGGUCGUACAUUUACUCUACUGACAGAUCACAAACCUUUGAUUGCAAUCUUUGGUUCUAAGAAAGGAAUCCCUGUCUAUACGGCUAAUAGACUACAGCGCUGGGCAACAAUGCUCCUGAGUUAUGAUUUCAAUAUCAAGUAUCAGUCGACAAAUACUAUCGGUCAAGCCGACGCUCUCUCUCGAUUAAUUGGAGUUCAGCAUCCUGGACCAGAGGAUAUAAUCAUUGCCUCCAUAGCAGUAGACCCAGAAAUACGAAGUAUAGUGGCAGAUGCCAUUCGAAACACUCCAGUGUCGUCAGAUGAAGUCAGAGAAGAAACUCUUCGAGACCCGAUUCUACAAGAAGUUAGAAAGUUCCACCUGGAAGGAUGGCCCACGAAGAUCAGUUCCACAGAGCUUCAACAGUUUUACCAGCGUAGACUCUCUCUCUCAAUCAUCGACGACUGCCUGCUGUUUGCAGAACGUGUCAUAAUCCCAAAGAAGCUACAACCAGCAGUGCUUGAACAGUUGCACGCAGGACAUCCUGGAAUAAAUCGCAUGAAAGCAUUAGCACGAAGUUAUGUAUACUGGCCGCAUUUAGACACUCAACUGGAGCAGCUAUCCCGUUCAUGUACCAAAUGUGCAUUAGCAACGAAAGCACCGCGGAAAGCAGAGCUGCAAUCAUGGCCAAUACCACAGUCACCGUGGCAGCGUCUACACUUGGACUUUGCUGGUCCACUUCAUGGACAAACUUACCUUUUGGUAGUUGAUGCAUAUAGCAAGUGGCCAGAAAUCUUUCUCAUGGAACACCCGACUGCAAGCUGCACAGUCAGUAAGCUACGUCAACUAUUCAGUCGUUUCGGAGUCCCGGAAUUGAUAGUUAGUGACAACGGAACACAGUUUACGUCCGUAAUUUUCUCACAAUUUUGUCGGCAGAACGGAAUCCAUCACGUCCGAACACCUCCAUUCCAUCCCCAAUCAAAUGGUCAAGUGGAACGCUUUGUGAGUACAUUUAAAAAUGCUCUAAAAAAAUCUAAAGGGGAGGGGACCACCGAAGAGAUCUUAGAGAGGUUCCUGCUUAUUUAUCGCUCGACACCGAACCCUCAGACGAUUAAGGGGGUCUCUCCAGCAGAAGCUCUACUUGGCAGAAAAAUACGAACACAUUUCGAUGUCAUCCGUCCUACGCCAGCUCUUGAGCCUCAACGAAACCUAUCUAUGGAGAAUCAGUUCAAUCGACAUCAUGGGGCACAAAAACGAUUGUUCACGGUGGGACAAAAAGUACUUGCUAUGGACUAUCGUGAGAAACAUCCUACAUGGACAGCUGGUCGGAUCUUGAAAAAGAAGGGGAGUGUGGUUUAUGAGGUGUCAGUUGGCUCAGAAGUUUGGGUACGUCAUGCUAACCAAUUGAAAGCAACUUCGAUAGCCAGCAACGAGAUUCAAUAUCGAUUACCUCUUGAUGUUCUGCUAGACACCUUUGAAAUCAAAACGCCUGGAACAGACAGGUCAGUUUCUGUGCAAGCAAAGAGUGAUACUUCUUUAUUGCCUAGACGAUGGACAAAUCGAAAGCACAGGCCAGUCACUCGGUUGCAGUUGGACCCUAGCACCAGAUCCUACGAAUCUGCUCAAAGGGGAGGUGUUAGUGGGACAUAGAUUGGAUUUAAGCAUGCUCAAUGCACGAUUGCUUUGGCGCACGCUGAUUGGCUGAUUUUUAUCCAAUCAGCGCUAGUCUAUACAUGGAGAAGCUUCUAGAUUCUUCUUAUGUAAAAAGCUAUAAAUAUACUAACGGUUUUCCUAUUUCGCUUCUUGCUUCUUGCUUCACCUAACCUUGUUAUUUGGAAUAUAAUCUUCCUGCUC